AUGUGGCUUGCUUCGCUCCUCCCAUUGUUGAUUUCAAUUCUUUGCUACUACGAAGGUUGCUGCGAUCUUCUUGGCAGCAAGCUGGCAAGUCUGCUUCUUCACUGUGGCGCAUUCCCCCGUCACGAUUUGGAACAUCAUCAGAAUCCCGGGGAAAAUCUUGGAAUUGCGCGGACACAACUUCAGUCUCGAUAUCAAUCAAAAGAAUACGCACGUUGCAGCAGCAAUAGUAGUGACGAUAUAAGCAGCAGCGGGAAUAGUGAUAACAAUAACAAUACUAAUACUAGUCUCAUUAACUACAGUAAUAACUGUAUUAACGAAAGUUACUUGGGCCUUUGGUCGAGACCGAAUGGUCAGCAAAUAGCUGUAUCUUCCUCUGCCUCAUCUGAGCGAACCUCUGAUGAUAAUUUAAACAGCAAAAUGUACGACCAGCAUCCACCUAUUACUGAUAAUUACUCAAUGGUCAUUGCUACAUCAAUUGAUGUUGAGGCAGAUUUUGAAGUGAGAUUUGAAAAAUUAUCGAAGCGUUUCCCUAAGGAUUGGUUGCAAAGUUCAUCGAGAACAGGUCAGAGAUUUUAUAUUGAGAAAGGCUUUGUUAGACAUUCAACAAAUCCAUUUAGCUCUAAAACUGAAAAUGCUGAUUAUAGCUAUAUCAUAUCAUUACGAGGAUCUGAAGGGAGCAGACGGCAACAGCAAGGGCAUCGAUUGUGUAUUGGAUGCUUGCAAGAAAUUCGUGACCCAUAUGUAUUACGAGUUGAUCCCGAUCUAGAAUUCCACGCAGGUUGCUUAAAGGUGCUAAGUGGUACUUAA